AUGGCGCUUGAUAAAUUGGAUCUUGCCGUGAUAGUUGGCUUAGCAAUUGCUGUUGCCUUGUAUUUUGGCAAAGAUUUUAUUUGGCCAGAAAAAACGGAUGAAGGUGGGUUUUUAAAUACUGACGCUAUGGGCUCAGAUCGGAAUAUCCUCCAGAAGAUCAAAGAAACCGGUAAAAAUUGCAUAGUUUUUUACGGUUCACAGUCUGGUACCGCCGAAGACUAUGCUUACAAAUUGUCUAAGGAAUUGAGUGCUAGAUUUGGUCUUAAGACAAUGGCGGCCGAUUUGGAUCAAUACGAUUUUGACAAUUUCGAAGAGUUAAGCAAUGAGAUCUUGGUAUUCUUCCUCACUGCCACGUAUGGUGAAGGGGAACCCACUGAUGACGCUGUCGACUUUUACGAAUGGUUGAACAAUGAAGCCGACACGUUGUCGAACAUUCGGUUCAGUGUAUUCGGUCUUGGCAAUUCAACGUACGAAUACUACAAUGCGAUUGGGCGCAACAUCAACGAGAAGUUGGAGCAGAAGGGCGCUGAACGCUUUGCAGACUACGGUGAAGGCGAUGAUGGGACGGGCACUUUGGAUGAAGAUUUCUUGGAAUGGAAGGAUAAAGUUAUGGACACAUUGAAGAAUGACUUGAACUUCGAGGAGAAAGAACUAGUAUAUGAACCUGGUGUUGAAGUCGACGAGGAUGAAUCAUUAACUGUUGACGAUCCUGAAGUUGCGCUCGGAGAACCUGACAAAUCGUAUCUCGCCAUGGAUUCCGACUUGACUAAAGGACCUUUCAAUCUGCACCAUCCGUACUUGGCACCUAUCAGCCUCACUCGUGAGUUGUUCAAUUCAAAAGAGCGUUCUUGCGUUCAAGUCGAGUUUGACACAUCCGCCUCGAACUUGAGAUACACCACUGGUGAUCAUUUGGCCGUAUGGCCGUCGAACUCGGACGAGAACGUUGAAACCUUCCUCAAAGCAUUCGGCUUGCUUAAUAAAAGGGACACUGUCAUUCACGUCAAGCCGUUAGAUUCGACCAUUUCUGUUCCCUUCCUCUCUCCUACGACGUAUGAGACGGUUUUGCGCCAUUACCUUGAAAUCUCUGGUCCUGUAUCCCGGCAAUUUUUCCUUGCGGUGGCUCAAUUUGCUCCAGACGUUGAAUCGAAAAAGAAAGUUCAACAUUUGGGCUCGAACAAGCUCGAGUUUGCCGAGGAGAUCGUGAAGCAGGACUACAAUCUUGCUGAUGCUUUAUUAAUGAUCUCCAAGGGGACUUCUUGGACGAACGUGCCUUUUGCGUUCAUCAUUGAACUGAUCCCUCACCUUCAACCACGUUAUUAUUCGAUUUCGUCGUCCUCUUUAGCCGACAAGACCAAAAUUGGUAUCACUGCUGUUGUCGAGUGGGAGAGAAAGGGUGACAGAUUGGUUUCCGGUGUUGCGACCAAUUUGAUCAAAAAUAUUGAAGUUGAACAAAAUGGCACUGAUGACAAGCUUGUGGUUCAUUACGAUUUGCGUGGUCCUAGAUCCAAGUUUUCCAAGUUCAAAUUACCGGUUCAUGUCAGACGUUCGACCUUUAAGUUACCACUGAAUCCUCUGGUUCCUGUUAUAAUGAUCGGCCCAGGAACUGGUGUGGCUCCUUUCCGUGGUUUUGUUCGCGACCGUGUUCAAUUGAAACAACAAGGUCAAAACCCUGGUGAAAUGUUGUUAUUCUACGGCUGCCGUAGAGAAAAUGAAGACUUCUUGUACAAGAACGAAUGGCCUCAAUAUUCCAAGGACUUAGGGUCAAAGUUGCAACUUUUUACAGCAUUUUCUCGUGACGAUCCUUCCAAAAAGGUUUAUGUCCAGCAGAGAUUAUUGGAAAAUGCUGAAAGAAUCAACCAGUUGAUUGAAGACGGCGCUUUUGUUUACGUGUGUGGCGAUGCGCUGAGAAUGGCCAGAGAGGUGCAAAGUACCAUGGCUAAGAUCAUCGCUCAACAGCGAAAUAUUUCCGAAGAGAAGGGGGCUGAGUUGAUUAGAUCGUAUAAGGUCCAGAACAGGUACCAAGAAGAUGUGUGGUAA